AUUUCAUCUUUAUUUAAUAAUACCAAUGAAUUAUACAGCAGAUUCUCUCUUCUUCUUCGUUGUUCGUUGUAUAUAAAUCAACCGCCAGUCAAGCAAAACUUUCUCAUUUUCUCUCUCCUAUUUUUCUCAGCUUGGAAGACAAGUACUCCAAGAGUGAAGCUGACUCUUCAUCAAUCUUCCAAAAUUUUGGACGAAUUACUGUUUGAUCCGUAUCGCGGUUUGUCAAAGAGAGCCUUGAAUACUCGGUUUGCACCAAGUUCUUUUCAACAUUUAUUCUCAUUGUUCUUAUUCUACAUUCAAGCUGAUGUCUAAAUGACUAAGAAGCAGCAAAUUGCAAUAUAUACCACUGCCAGCUUACCAUGGAUGACUGGUACUGCUGUAAAUCCAUUGUUUCGUGCUUGCUAUCUUGCAAAAGAUGGGGAGAGGAAGGUUACUCUGGUAAUUCCUUGGUUGUCUCUUAAAGAUCAAGGACUUGUAUACCCUGACAACAUAACAUUCAAGUCAGCCCUAGAGCAUGAGGCGUAUGUUCGCAAAUGGCUUGAAGACAGGACUGGAUUUAUAUCUCGGUUCGAAAUAAAAUUUUAUCCUGGAAGGUUUUCUACAGAUAAAAGGAGUAUUCUUCCUGUGGGAGAUAUUACUGAAAUUAUAUCAGAUGAAGAGGCGGACAUUGCGGUCCUUGAGGAACCUGAGCAUCUAACAUGGUAUCAUCAUGGAAAUAGAUGGAAAGCAAAGUUCCGGCUGGUCAUUGGGAUAGUCCACACCAAUUACCUAGAAUAUGUUAGACGAGAGAAAAAUGCUGCCCAAGCAUUUCUUCUGAAGCAUAUAAAUAGUUGGGUGAUCAGUAUCUACUGCGACAAGGUAAUUCGAUUGUCUGCAGCCACUCAGGACCUUCCAAGAUCUGUAAUAUGCAAUGUCCAUGGAGUAAAUCCCAAAUUUCUUGAGACUGGCAAAAAAAAGAAAGAGGAACUUGAAGAUGGGAAACUCGCCUUCACUAAAGGAGCCUAUUACAUAGGUAAAAUGAUUUGGAAUAAAGGAUACAAGGAGCUGCUUAAACUUCUUAAAGACCAUCAGAAAGAGCUAGUUGGUCUGGAAGUAGACCUCUAUGGUAAUGGAGAGGACUCUAAUGAAGUCAAGGUGGCAGCUAAGAAACUGGAACUACCUGUACGAGUCCAUCCUGGACGAGAUCAUGCUGAUCCCCUGUUUCACGAUUACAAAGUGUUCCUCAAUCCAAGCACAACAGAUGUAGUCUGCACGACAACAGCGGAAGCACUAGCCAUGGGAAAGAUUGUCGUGUGUGCCAACCAUCCAUCUAAUGAAUUCUUUAAGCAAUUCCCUAACUGUCGUAUGUAUGACGAUGGUGAAGAAUUUGUUGCAACAACACGUAAAGCAUUGGCUGAACAGCCAGCCCCCUUGACUGAUUCACAGAGGCACGAGUUGUCAUGGGCAGCUUCUACAGAACGAUUUCUAAAGGCCGCUGAGUUGGACCAAGGGACAACCCCCAAACUUUCUAGAACAUCCUCCUCUAAAAAGUUUGCCUCCUUAUCCUCCUCUAAUGUGAAGAAAAAAUUGGAAGAUGCCUCAGCAUACAUACAUAACACAGUAUCGGGUACUGAGUUUACACGAACGGCAUUUGGUGCUAUCCCCGGCACCUUGCACCCUGAUGAUGAACUAUGUAAGGAAUUGGGAUUACCUUCUCCUACUUAACUCAUGGGCACAGUGUUGCAGGAAGCGAGUCUUUCAGGCUUGAUUUCAUGACUUAGUUUUACUGUUGUUGUAUUAUUGUUGUAGACAUUACACAUUGUCCGUCUUUCUCUCCCCAUUCUCCUCCACUUUGAUUUUUGUUUUUUAUUGGGUGAAGUUGCCCCAUCUGUAAAUUUUAACUUGUAGAACAUAUUCUUUGUUACAAUCUUAAUGCGAGUGCGAAUUAGUCUUAAGUACUCCUAGAGUACCAUACAAAAUUGCGGCACCUGGUGUUAAUCUUACAGCUUGUUUUCCAA